GCAAAUUCGAAUCACUCACUGGUCACUCGUCAUGUAAUGCCUGAUUAUUUUCAAAAUGGAAGCGCAGAAGACUGCACGUGAACUUUUCACUGAAGCAGUGAGAGCAGUCCUAGAAACUUGGCCUGUUUUACAGAUCGCAGUUGAUAAUGGAUUUGGAGGCGUGUACGGCCAACAGAAGGCAGAUUGGAUGGUGGAUGUGGUCCAACAGUAUUUUCAUGACAACGAAAACCUGCAGCCAGAUGAAGUGGAGGACUACAUAGCAGACCUUAUGAACAAUGAGUUUGAUACAGUGGUGGAUGAUGGCAGUUUACCUCAGGUGGCACAGAAGGUUAGCCAGAUCUUUACACAGUGCCAACAAGGAAAGCUUGCAGAGGUCAAAGAUCAGAUAGUCAAACUUAACAAGAGUGCAGAACGAGCCAAGGUCACACCUCAACCAAACGCUGCUGAAGAGUGUAAUAGCGAUGAAACAGAGUUCAUGGAGUGUGAAGCAGCAACGUCAACAAACCCCCCGCGUAGUUCGGCACCCAAACAGACAGAUCAACCCCAGUCUCAAGAGGAAAACGAUGGUUGGACCACAGUGGUGCGCAGGAAGUGACAUUACUGUGGAAGUGCUGAGUGAAUUGGGAUUUUACUGCCUCCGAACACUGUCGCCGUUUUGUUUUAUACGUGUCUCUCCAAUGGUUCUGUCAUAUUGGGAGGAUGGACAUAUGUUCUGAUGAAAACCUGGACACGUAACCUAUACCUCGAGUUCACAUUUAUGCAGGUGUCAAAAGAGGUCUUAUCAGGGCAUCUUCUGAGGAACUGUCACUGUUUACAGGAAUUUCAUUGUUUUUGGUACAUGGAAAUCCAGUUCAGUAGCAAUUAAAUAGCCAUCACACAUCACUCACCUACAAUGCCGAGGCAGGCCCCCACCCCUCUGAGGGGUUGGGUUAAAUGCGGAAGAUAUCAGUUGAACAACUGACUAGGUAUCCCCUUUCCAAUAGUAUGUAUUACUGAGUAAGGGAUAGAAAGUGUUCCUUUGCACUGAUCCAUGUUCUAUUUUCAUAUGAAAUUAAUAGAGGUCUACCUGCUACAACAUGUCUAUUUACAGUAUAGUAGUCGGCAGUGUUAAAUAUAAAACUUAAACAGCCAACUUAAUGGUGAAUUUAUUUAAUGUACUUAACUCACCAUCUCUUGGCCGCAUGAGUGGCAUAUAGUACUCUAAAACUGGUUUAAAGAUUUAUUCUGAAGAAUACAGGUUGUAAGAUAUCUGGUCUUUCUUCCAGUCAUGUUUAAAGACAUUUUAUGUUCACAAAAUAAGCAUUCCACAUACAGUUUGGCGACAUGUAUAAAACAAAGUGAAGGAUAUUUUUUUUGUAUACUUUUUUUUGUACACCUGGCAUAUCAAGGCACUAUUUUAACAAAUGUGACUCAGCACAAUGAGAAGUAGAUCAUCCAUUUUAAAACAAACUACAGAUAUCAUAUUCAUCCCAACCAUUUAUAGAACCUGUAAUGCUGCUUUAAUAAAUACAAAGAAUCUGUAGAUUUAGGUUACUGCUACUUAUGUGCUCAGAGUAAUGGUAACGUCAGUUUAUAUUAACUUUAGAUAAAUAAUCAACGUUUCAUUUAGAAAAGAUCUCCAUCUAGGCUGAGAAUAACCACACGGACUUAGUGGUACAGUAUGGACUCAGUGGUAUACAGUAAAGGUUAGACGCAUGGUAGUUGUGUUGUGGUGGUGGACAGUAGUCUACAAGUUGAGCCAGGGGUGCUGCAAACACUGAGCGGCAGUGGCUCUCUUUUCUGGUGUGACGUCCAGCAUGGUGAGGAGGAAGUCACUGAACUGGGCCGCCUGCUCCAGUGGCCACUCAUACUUCUCCAACAGCACCUCAAACAGACCCCAUGGCUUCAGGUUGGCUAUGUGUCUCAGCUCACCUUCAAGAGGGAAAAGAAUGCAUUGUUCCAGUGAGCUAAACAUUAAACCACAAAAAUAGGGACAGUCUCUCAGAUCAUCAUUUUGGGGGUUGCCGAGUGGCAUAGCCCUCUAAAGGCACUGCAUCUCAGUGCUAGAGGCGUCAAUACAGACCAGGCUGUAUCACAACCGGAUGUGAUUGGGAGUCCCAUAGGGUGGCGCACAAUUGGGUUCGGGUUUAACUUCAUUGUAAAUAAGAAUUGUUUCUUUAAGUGCCUGUAACUUGCCGAGUUAUAUAAUAAAUCCUAUUAGGCACCAUACAGG